GCAACAGAAGAAAUAAAAACUUGGCAAAGUGUGCCAUUGUAACAGCAAAUAGUUACAAAGAACCCAGGGUUGGGUUUGCACCACGCUCUAAACCGCAAAUCCUGAUUGAAACGGGAAUGUUUCACAAAUGCCUUUAUGAAAAUCAUCCCCGAGUGGUGAAAUUUGCAUGGGAUUUGAAUAUGCCAUCUAGAUCGACCUACAUCUUCACGGAUGGGGAGGACAAAGAACUCAAGCAGAAGAUCGGAAACGUCAUCAACACCAACUGUUCGGCUGCUCACAGCCGCCAAGCCUUAUCCUGCAAGAUGGCAGUGGAAUAUGACAAGUUCAUUGAAUCUGGGCGAAAGUGGUUUUGCCAUGUGGACGAUGAUAAUUAUGUGAAUGUACGGAUGCUGGUCAAAUUGCUCUCGAGUUAUACUCACACGCAGGAUAUCUACAUUGGAAAACCCAGCCUGGACAGGCCUAUCCAGGCCACUGAGAGAAUCAGCGAGAACAAGAUGCAUCCGGUCCACUUCUGGUUUGCCACCGGUGGUGCUGGUUUCUGCAUCAGUCGUGGUCUGGCACUGAAGAUGACCCCCUGGGCCAGCGGUGGGCACUUCAUGAGCACUGCAGAGAAGAUUCGACUCCCUGAUGACUGCACCAUUGGGUACAUCAUAGAAUCUGUCCUGGGGGUGAAACUUAUCCGAAGUAAUCUCUUCCACUCCCAUCUCGAGAACCUCCAUCAAGUGCCCAAAUCUGAGAUCCACAAUCAGGUAACCUUGAGUUAUGGAAUGUUUGAAAACAAGAGGAACUCCAUCCAUAUGAAGGGGGCUUUCUCAGUGGAGGAGGAUCCUUCCAGGUGA